AUGCUUAGUAUUGACGAUGAUAUUAAAAGACUACCUGAACAGAAGGAUAAUAUUAAUUUAGUAAGACAAUAUGAACGAAGACAAUUAAGAUUAGGUAAACGACUUGCUUAUAUACUUCGGUAUGGUGCAGAAAAAGAAGGUUGCCGAGUUGAUGAAGGUUGGAUUCCAUUAGAAGAUCUUAAAAAAGUUUCACUUUUAAGUGAAUACACAGAAAAUGAAUUACUUGGAGAAAUUCAAACAUCAUAUUCAUAUAGAAAAACACAUAGAUAUCAAUGGGAAAAACGUCCAAAUGGAGUUUAUGUUCGAGCAGCUUAUGGUCGAAAAUUUGAACGAAAUCCAUUUCAUCAUCAAACUCAAAUACGUCGUUUAUUAGAUUUAACAUUAGAAUAUGUUUGUCAAAAUAUUGAUAAAUAUGAUUUUGAAGGAUUUCCUGAUGAAUUUUUAAUCAAUGAAAUAAUUCAUCGUAUGAAAAGAAAUGGUAAAUUAACUAGUAAAGUAUUGCAAAGUUUACUCUCCGAAACAAUAGAACAUUUAGAUCUUGAUGGCAUUUAUUUAACAGAAUCAGGCAUUAGAGCUGUUUGGAAAAAAUGUCCAUAUUUAAAAGUACUUUCAUUAAAAAGUUGUGGAUAUGUAUUAAAUGAUCAUUAUUGUGAACAAAUUAUUCGAAAAUGUACAUUAAUUGAAUCACUUGAUUUAUCCUAUUGUCGACAUUUAACUGAUCGAACUUUGAAUAAUUUAAUAAAAUAUUAUUCAAAUAAUCUUUUACAUCUUGUACUCGCUGGAAAUCAUAAUUAUACUGGUGAUGCUAUUGUACGUCUUGUAUCUGAAUGUGAACAAUUAAAACAACUUGAUAUAUGGGAUAAUCCUAAUUGUACAAAUGAUAUUCUUAAUAUUCUAAUAGCUUUAGGAAAAUCACGUGGAGAGAAUCGUGUAAUUACUAUUGUACAUAAAAAUCUUCAACAUCCUGCUGUGGCACCUGACAAUCCAUGGGCAGUUAUUCAUGCAAAACUACAUUGA